AUGACUGUGACUGAGAAGGCGUCCGCGGGCGUCCUUGCCCACGAUGAGUAUAUUUCUCAGUCUGCAAAGUCAGACCGAGCUGAUGCGGCUGGUCCUCGUCAAGCUGGCGCUCUGAAUAUUGUUCAGAACCCUUUGACGACCGUCACCAGGGAGCAAGCUGUCUUCGAUGCUCACGCCUUUGCCCAGGCGCGUGGCAUGUCCGAAUAUAGGGAGCUGUUUGGUCGCGCCGCUCUGGUCGCGCGAGACCCGGAAAUGUUCGAGACUCUUCCCGAGCUCGAUCAGCAGGAGCGCGCUUCACUGGCAUACGAGAGAGACCAUAAAUGGCACGGCCCCUUCAUGCUCUGGUAUUCUAUCAGUCUCUGCGCUAUCGGAGCCGCAACACAAGGAUGGGAUCAGACUGGAUCCAACGGUGCUAAUUUGUCCUUCCCGAAGGAAUUUGGCAUCGACGGCACGGGUAAAGAUGAAUGGAUUGUGGGAUUGAUCAAUGCGAUCAUUUUCUUGACCGCCGGUCUCAUUGGUGCUUUUAUCGUGGAUCCACUUAACCACUACCUUGGCCGAAGAGGCGAGAUCUUCCUCACUGCUGCUUGUCUCACUGCCACCCCGAUUGGCUCCGCUUUUACACAUUCAUGGCAGGCUUUGUUUGCUGCACGAUUUGUCAUGGGCAUUGGCAUCGGUGCAAAGAAUGCCACUGUUCCCAUUUACUCAGCCGAGAUGUCCCCGGCUCGGAUUCGAGGUGCUCUCGUCAUGUUCUGGCAGCUUUGGGUUGUCGCAGGAAUCUUCCUGGGAUUUGCCGCCAAUGUUAUUGUCAAGAACACUGGGAACAUCGCGUGGCGCCUCCAGCUUGGUUCCGCUUUUAUUCCGUCCUUUAUCCUCAUGCUUGGUAUCUGGUUCUGUCCGGAAUCGCCUCGCUGGCUCAUGAAGCAUGAUAGGUAUGCGGACGGGUUCAAGUCGAUGUUGCGCCUGAGAGCGCAUCCCAUCAUUGCUGCGAGAGACUACUACUACUCGAACAUCAUCUACCAGGAGGAGUUGAAGGAGGCUCGUGGCGCGGGCUACUUUGCUCGUUUAUGGGACUGCUUCGCUGUGCCAAGAAUCAGACGAGCCAACUACGGUGCUUCGACCGUCAUGAUUGCCCAGCAAAUGUGUGGUAUCAACAUUAUCUCCUUCUACAGUUCGACCAUCUUUGAGAAUGUCGGCUACACGGCUACACAGGCCUUGUAUGCGUCUCUCGGCUAUGGUGCCGUUCAAGUCGUGGCUACUAUCCCGACUCUGUUCCUCAUCGACACUAAAGGCCGAAGAACCCUAACUUUGAUUACCUUCCCCCUCAUGUGCAUUUUCCUAUUAGCCGCCGGUCUCUCGCUUUUGAAUCAUAGCGGUAGUAAGGGUGCUCAGAUUGGGCCGGUUGUCUUGUUCGUCUACCUGUUCACCAUCUGCUACUCGUUGGGUGAAGGGCCAGUGGCUUUCCAGUACUCCGCCGAGGUGUUCCCCACCAUCCAGCGUGAGCAGGGAAUGGCUUGGGCUGUUUGCAUCAACAACACUUUUGCCGGUAUUCUGAGCUUAACAUUCCCUCGAAUGAAGACCGUCAUGACCCCGACUGGAGCCUUCGGAUUCUACGCUGGGCUCAACCUCAUAGCCUGGUUCAUGAUCUUCUGCUUCGUUAGAGAGACCAGGGAGCUCACCCUGGAAGAAAUUGACCAGGUUUUCUCGGUUCCCACAAAGAAGUUCAUCCACUAUGAACUGACAGUGUGGCUGCCUUGGUUUAUCAAGCGAUACGUCUUCCGACAGAACAUCCCCAGGCCCCCGCAGAUUAUUGCGACUGCUAAGGAGGCUGAUCACUCACGUAGACUCUCGGAAGCACAGACUACCAAGGCAUGA